AACGACCUGCCGGGACUCGGAAGCACGGGAACUAAACUGACAUUUGGUCGCACAUCAGCUUCAUUCGCCAUCUCCAGACCACCCAGAACACCGAUACCGGCUGGACUUCAACGAAGCAGCAUCAGUCGACUACCUCGGGAUGUACGACGUCCAAGUUCACAAGCCGUGCGCGGUGCCGGAAUCGUACCAGACGAUGAGUCCGAGCUCGUGGUUCGGCCGGCGGCGGGCUCCACUGAGCAGCAGCCUUCCCCGGCCUCCACAUACCGGGGUCUGUACGCUCUAACAGUCCGCUGGCAACCCCCCGUACCCAGAGGGGAAGCGCCCCGUCAUCGAAAAGACAGCGCAGCACUUCCAAAAGAUCCGCGCCAGUGGAGCAGGGAGGACGUGGCCGUCUGGCUCGUGCACGUCAUGGACCAGCACCGCCUGCCCGCCGUCUCCACCGACCGAUUCCUGAUGAACGGCAAAGCGCUCUGUCUCAUGACCAUGGAGAUGUUCGUGCAGCGCGUACCCCUCGGUGGGAAACUGCUCUACAAGGACUUCCAGCUCAGGCUCAGCAACGUGCUCUACAACUGACGCAGUGGCACUUGACACUCCAAAAUCUGACCGCGCGCAACUUCUGCAGUCACGGACCACGGGCCACUCGUACAUAUGCACCAUACAAUGCCAUCUGCUCGCAGCGCUAAUGAUGACUCCAGUUUAACUCAGCUGAAGCAAGUGUCCAGGAGAGACGAAGGCAAGAAACAGCUAUCCAUGAUGUCACCUAUACCCGAAUAUAAGGGUGCAAAUGGCGAUGCCGGCAGAGGGCUCCCCAUGACGCCAUGGAGAAGUGUCACCUAUCCAAGACUCAUCAUCAAACGCACUCGACCUGUGACCUGCGUUUAAACUUCAAUUUUGAAGUGGCCCAAAUCCUGAAGUCAUAGCCUACCAAUUUCCAGAGUUGCGUGUGUUCACAUCAAGGUCCUUCCCGGUCCUCCUCCUAGUCAAGUUAUUGUGGACAAUCUAGUGGACCUCAUCCGACCAUGAGUUGUUAUAGUGACACGACAACAGCGACAGUGGCCGGUCUUUGAGACACGUGUAAAUAGAAGACUUUCAUAUGUAUACAAAUAGUUAUCCGGCUAUCAUUGUGACAUUGUUGCUCGUAGUUAUAUAUCACCUUAGGCGUACUCAACGUCGUCUUGAAUGUUUUUAUAUGCCGUCCUGGUGAAGACGUCCCAAAAAAGGUCUGCUCAACAGAGAAACCACGACAUGUGUGAUACUGGGCGAUCAGCGCAUGUUGAUAUAUAGUACUGCUGAGACCCCUGUACUUUCUGUGUAAAUACAGAUGACGUGGUUGUCGCGAAAGCCGUGACAAAGAAGAGUUCCUUUACCCAUCGCAGAUGUAUGCUUUAGUACUUUUGUAAAAGUGACAACUCGCAGUACACAGAUAUGUGUAUAAAGAAGCACCUGCGGCGGCCCAUCUUCUCACCUUCUUCACAAUACCUCAUAACCGCAUUAAAACGUCUUCGACAG